CUUGCGUGUAGUCUCCGCUGCCACUUUUCCUUUUUGGCGUCCCGCGACGGAAUCCGGUGCGGUUGUUGACGGCGACGUCCUCCGUCUCCUCCUCCUCACCCCCUCGCCCUCCUCGCCGCCGCCGCUCCCUCUCUUCCGGAGAAUCCCUUCGUGGUUUGCUGCCCCAAGCCGAUUCUUGGACGAAUGGAGGUACUUCGUUCACUUCUCCCUCCUUCCCUUCGCAGGCUUUGGACUAGUGGAUCACAUGGUAAAAACAAAGAACUGGUAGAACGCUUGCAGCUGUAUGGAAUUAUCAAGUCAAAGAAAGUGGCAGAAGUAAUGGAGGCAAUUGACAGGGGGGUUUUCGUACCACCUGGCAGUGCACCUUAUGUUGAUUCUCCUGUGCCAAUAGGUUAUAAUGCAACUAUUUCUGCUCCUCAUAUGCAUGCAGCUUGUCUAGAGCUUUUGGAGGAGCAUCUGCAGCCAGGAAUGAAAGCUCUGGAUGUUGGAUCAGGGACUGGCUACUUAACAGCAUGCUUUGCGAUGAUGGUUGGACCGCAAGGUCGUGCUGUAGGGGUUGAACACAUUCCUGAACUAGUUGAUUUUUCAAUCAACAACAUCAAGAAUAGUGCAGCAUCAACACUUUUGAAGGAAGGUUCAUUGUCUGUCCACGUUACCGAUGGAAGACUAGGGUGGCCGGAUCUGGCACCCUAUGAUGUCAUUCAUGUCGGGGCUGCUGCCCCUGAGAUCCCUCAGCCGCUGAUCGAUCAAUUGAAACCUGGUGGCCGAAUGGUGAUCCCGGUAGGAACCAUUUUCCAGGAUCUGCAGGUGGUUGACAAGAAGAUGGACGGCUCGGUCAGUAUCCGAAGUGAAACACCUGUACGCUACGUUCCGCUGACAAGUAAAGCAGCACAACUGCACAACAACUGACUUGUUGGUUGCGAAGUAAAUAUGAUUUUGACGAAAGGAUCCUGGUGAUGAGCCAUUUACAUGGCUCAUAAAGCCUCGAGUGGGGGACUCAGUCAAAAUCAAAAGGAACUCAUGUUAAUGUGAGGUUGAUAAAUGCGUAUAAUAAUAUGUGUAUUCCGCAGAUUGUGCUUCUCUUAUUAGAUACUCAUGGCACAGCAUGAGUUUUGUGAUUCUCCUCCGUAGAUAGAAUUGGCUGCUUGUUCUAUGAUUAGUAGUCUUAUGAAAUGGCACUUUGGUAUA